ACACGUUUCAAGGUGGCGCGUGUCAUGGCAGCCGACGGAUCGUCCUCGUCCUCGGGCGUCUUCUCCAUCCCUGAUGAGCUCGAGGAGAUGCUCGAUGACAUCUCCAAGAAGUCGAUGGAGUUUGCCGAGGAGCUGUCCGAGAAGCUCGACACAAAGUACAACUGCUGCGGCGUCAACUUUGGCUUUGAUCCCAUUCUUGGUCUCAUUCCGUUGGUGGGGGAUGCUGUGGCUGUCUUUAUUGCCGGCUCGCUCGUCCUCCGCUCGGUCGUUCUUGGCCUGCCAAAGUGCAAGCUCUUCCACAUGGGCUACAACAUCGGGACGGAUGCCCUGCUGGGCGCGUGCCCUAUUCUGGGCGAUAUCUUUGACGUCUCGUUCAAGGCUAAUGUGAAGAACACAGAAGUGCUGCGCAAGUUCCUCGCCAAGCACGGCGGCGCGCCGAAUGCCGACCAGAUGGACGGGACCGAGGACCCCAAGUGCUGUCCGUGCGGAUGCUGUUGAGUGGCCGAGGGCCAGAAGAGGCGCGGCUAGGCUGUUCGCGGGCGCCGGUACGGCGGCUUUGGACUCGAUGAUGCUGGGCUAAGGGGAUAAAUGCUGCGCUGUCGCGA